AUGGCGACUCCAGCGAAAGUCAGCAAGCCUGACGCUAAAAACAAUCAUGAAAACGCUGACGAACAAGCAGAUAAAGAACAACAGGAGGCAAUCGAGCAAAUAGAUGAAGUCCAGAAUGAAAUAGAUCGUUUAAAUGAACAAGCAAGUGAAGAGAUACUUAAAGUUGAACAAAAAUACAACAAAUUAAGGCAGCCAUACUUCCAGAAGAGGUCUGACUUGAUAGCAAAAAUUCCUAAUUUCUGGGUCACUGUUUUUGUUAAUCACCCUCAAGUAUCUGCACUGUUAAAUGAAGAAGAUGAGGAGGCUCUUCAGUUCUUGUCUAAGGUUGAAGUUCAGGAAUUUGAAGACAUAAAGUCUGGCUACAAAAUCAACUUUUUCUUUGAUGGUAAUCAGUACUUUGAGAAUGAAGUCAUAUCAAAAGAGUUCCAUCUAAAUGACACUGGAGAGCCCUCAUCGAAAUCAACACCCAUCAGAUGGAAAGCUGGCAAAGAUUUAACAAAGAAGUCCAGUACUCCGAGUAAGGGAGGGAGAAAAAGGAAUAUGGAGGAGCAGGAAUCCUUCUUCUGUUGGUUCACAGAUCAUGGAGAUGCUGGUGCUGAUGAGCUUGGAGAGGUGUUAAAGGAUGAUAUCUGGCCAAACCCUCUACAAUACUACUUGGCAUCAGAAAUGGAGGAGGAAGGUGGGGAUGAUUUGGAUGAUGAAGAUCUUAUGGAGGGAGAGGAGGAUUUUGAUGGUGAAGAAGAGGAGGGUGAUGAAGAUGAUGUUGUGGAAGAAGAUGCAGAAGAUGAUGCAGAAGAUGAGGGUUGAUCUUUGUCUUAACAUUUAUAUUGUUUCAUUGUCGUUCAUUUUAUCAUCGCAUUUUUCAUCAGUCAUGUUUCAUUUGGAGUCGUCUGUCAGUUGUCGUUGUUGCAUGUCGGCCAUCUGGUCGCUACAGAAGUGGACCAUCUCAUGAAGGAUUUAAAGACAUUUGUGACAUUUGUAUGGACGAAAAAAAUAAACCACCACUAGUAGUUUCUGAAGUUUCUAAGACUUUGUUCUUAAGGUAAUGGAAGACCGGGAUAUAUCAUUGUCUGGACUGUUUCAUGGAGGAAAACAGUUUUAAUUCAGCAGAGAAUGUGUGAAUUAUAGCUCUUUUAAGAUGUGAUUACUUCUUGGUAAUGCAGUUUGUUUGUGGGAGGGGGGAUACACUUUCCUUUUGUUAGUGUUUCUUUAGAUGUAUAGUACAAUGUUUUUCCAUACUGUGUUCAGGUAAGUUAGGAGUCGUCAUUUUGAAAUCUGUACAGAAUGGGCUUAUACUGACUAUGCAUCAAAUCUUGGAAUUAGCUGAAUUUUAACAAGUCACUCCAUAUAACAUUGUGUGGGACUUCACUUUAUUUCCACCAAAGAGACUUUUUGUUAAGCUUUGUAAGCAUAAGAAAGUCCCAGAGCGUUUUCCCUGGUUUUAUUGGAUUUGGCUGAAGGAAGUGUAGCAGAAUUAUUGUUAUGAAAUCAGCAUAUACCUUCUGAUGGAAGAUAUAGGAACAGAUUUUUUUAAGAUCAAAAGAAACUUUGAAAAUAUUGGAAUUUAAAAUCCAAAUAAAAUGAUUGUUUAGACAACUUGAUUUGUCAUUUUUGUGUUCAUGAACGAUAACACCAUUCUGAAGCAUGUCAUUCAUCUUGUUAAAGUGUGUCAAAUCAUCUUGAAAAUUGGGAUUUUUUAAAAAAUAUGUUGAUCAAUAUUUUGGGGCACCCUUUGGUUUUUACCAGUAGUUAUCUCAGUUGGCAGUCCCCAUUUCAAUACAUGUCGGUUAUCAGAAUAAAUUUGCAUGUAUUUUUA